CAGUCCAGCAAAGCCCACGGACACAUGGACGGCAGCCAAGUGGUGCUGGACCGACGCCGCUCUACGCGGUGACGAGUGCAAGCCCCAGUCCCGGCGACCUCCGCCGCCGCUGGCAGCCGCCGAUAUGGCUCCACCCUAGCCCCAGUAGCCGCGAACAAGCGCUCCCCGCAGCAGCUCCACCCCAAUUCGUCCGCGCCGCCACCCGCAGAAGCCCCAAGCUGCCCCGUGCCCAAAUCUAGCAGCUCGCCCCCGUCACCUCCUGCCCGUCGGAAUGGCUGCCGGUAAAGCGCGCAAGAGAGCACGGCAAGCAGCUCCGGCGAGCGACGGCGGCGACCGCAUCGGCGCCCUCCCGGACGAAACCCUACACCAUGUCCUCUCCUUCCUCCCCGCGCAGGAGGCGGUGCGGACCUGCGUUCUCGCCCGGCGGUGGCUCCACCUCUGGAAGUCCGCGACUGGCCUUCGCAUCGUCGGCGCCAACGGGGAGGCGCCGGUGCCUUUCGAGGAGGUCCGGGAGUUUGUCGACAGCCUCUUGCUCCUCCGUGGAAGCUCACCUCUGGAGACAUUUGAGCUCAGGGUCGCCGGAGACGAUAUUGACGUUCGCCACGUGAGGCUCUGGGUUAGGUACGCCGUGCAGUGCAAAGUCCAGGUCCUGCGGCUCAGCUUCCUUGGGAAUACCCAUGUAGGUCCUGUGGCUCGGCUGGGGCCGGAUGACCCACCCCUCACCUCCAGGCACCUGACCAAGCUAGAGCUUCGCGGCCUAGUGUUCAACGAUGAUUUUCUUGACUUCUCGAGAUGUCCUGGGUUGCAAGAUCUACAUAUUCAAGACUGCAGCUUGGAGCAUGCCGAGAGGAUCUCGUCCCAGUCCUUAAGGCAUCUAUAUAUCAGAGGCGCAUUCAACCAGAGUUCCCGAGCAGGAAUUCUUGCCCCAAAUCUUGCUUCAUUGGUGCUAGAAGUCACUUUUGGCAUGACCCCUGUAAUUCAGAAAAUGCCCUUGUUGGUUAAGAUUCCGUGGGCUUUGUGAAGACUUAUGUAGCAGUCCUGCUCCUAACUAUGUCAGCUAUGUGGACUGUGAUAAGAGCUGCCGAGGUUGCAUACGAGAUGGCAGUGCCUGUGUGAUUUUGUGUGCUGUGUCCCAAGCAGAGGAUUUGGUGUUGAUAGCUUCCCCUGAUACGGUAUGUUGAGAUCUCAAAUCAUCAUGUUCAUGUUCGCCUUUUUCAAACAUUAUGUUUUAUAGUAAAAGUUCAUUGACCUGC